AUGAGUGUAUCUAGUGAAGAAUUGAAUUAUAUGGUAUGGAGGUACAUGCAAGAGAUGGGCCAGGAACUGUCUGCUCUUGCAAUGCAAGAAGAGACCCGAGUUCUGGAUUUUGAUCAACGUUAUAAGGAACAUAUCCCAGUAGGACAACUUGUUGAUUUGGUACAGAAAGGGAUACUAUAUACUGAAAGUCAGCUUUUAGCAUCGAACGUUGAGGAAUUGGGGAAAUCAACUUUUCAUGAACGUCAAACAUAUUUUAAUGAAAAGUUCAAUUUAGCUAAUGCAUUAAGGAUUAAUAUUGAAGAAACCCCAGAGAUUAAAUCUACAGGAAGAUUCGCUUUGGAAAAUGAAGCAGAGGAAAAAAUUACUGAUGAAGAAGUGAAACAGUCAUUGAACGAGACUAUAUCUGUUAAACAAUAUGUUGAUGGAGAGACAAGCUCAGUACCGUCAAAUGGUAUAUCCACUACUCCAACUACAGCUAUGAACACACAAACUACAGUGACUAAUAUGGCUGGCUAUAACUUUCCACCCGUUAAUGCUAUUGGUCUCAAUAGUUCAGUUUCACUGGGUAAAAUUAGUCAAUUGUAUGAAUUCAAGACUCCUGUUGUUACUUGUGAAUGGCACCCAACCAAUCCAUUGUUGUUAUGUUUGGGACAAGAGGACUCAGUGGCCCAGUUGGUAACAUUUGAUGAGUCACAUAAUAAAGUGACCACUACGAAAGAGUUAAGACAUCCAUUUGCAUUAAGUUCAACUUCAGGCAAGAGUACCAACAAGGUCACAUGUUUGGCAUGGUCACCUGAAGGGCAUAUGGUGGUGACUGGGGUUGAAAAUGGUGAAAUUAGGUUAUGGAACCAAGAGGGCCAACUACAAAACGUGUUUAAUUUCCAUAGAUGUCCCGUGAUUUGUAUGUCGUGGAGUCCCGAUUCGCACCAUUUUGUCAGUAUGGAUGUUGAUAAUGUUGCUAUUCUAUGGGAUGUAAGUUCAGGGACCGUUUUACAACAUUACGAAUUAAAAUCAUCUGGGUCAGGAAAUACAGAGUCCGUUGGUGUAGAUAUAGAAUGGGUUGACGAAAGAAGAUUUGUUCUACCUGGAAUUGGAGGCGCUAUAAAUGUCUAUGAAACCACAGAAAGUAAGGCUGUUGGGAAACUAAUGGGUCAUCAGGGAGCUAUCAGUUGUUUAACGUUCCAUCCUACCAAGAAACUAUUAGCAUCAGCAGCUGAUGAUUUUACCAUCCGUGUAUGGCACGGAAGCAACAGUAACUCCACACAUUGUUUCUAUGGUCAUACACAGGCAAUCACUUCUCUCCAAUGGAUCAAUGAUGAUCUGUUAAUCAGUGCCUCCAUGGAUGGGUCUGUCCGUAUAUGGUCGGUUGUUCAGAAUCUAAUGCAAGGUCUACUGAUGUUGGAAGGUGUCCCUGUAUUUGUUGGUAAACUCACUCACGACCAUAACCGAUACAUCGCAGGUACAAUGGAAGGGCAUGUAUAUGUGGCUGGAAUAUCUGAAUUUGCCAAACUAAUAGAAUCAAACAACAACGAAUUGCAACUUCCAUUAGCAAUCCCGAUCGUAUCAAGAGAUGAUACACAACAUAACGGCAAGGGCAGUGUCAACGAUCUCUCCUGCUCCAUAGACGGACACACCAUAGCCACAGGUUACGCCAACGAACCAGGAACAUUGCUGAUCAUACCAGCAUCGAAAUAA